UCUUUUACGUUUCAGCUCUGAAAUUUCAAACAGGAUGAUGCAUGAUGACAUCACGUACUUAUGUACUUUGUUCGCUGGUGUGACUCAUUUUCAAGUUGCACCUUCAAAUUGUUCAUACCUGACCCUGCCUAUCGCCUCAAAGCGCGUCGAUGAGUGCUUUACACGAAAGCUGAGGCUCGAGCCAGGACCGUCUGGCGCCGAAGGUUAAGUAACGUUCAACCACCCCCUCCACAAUCCCUAACUGAUUGGUCAAGGAAGUAACGGAAGUACGUGAUAACAUCUUUGGUCCAGAAUGGUGCUCAGUGAUCAAGUUCUUGUUUUCUGAAGGGUCGCGUAGCAAAACUACCGUACCGAACACUAUGCGAGCAUAUAAAAACCUUGCCUUCUCCUGGUGCGUAUCCCAGUCGAACUUCCUUCGUCUUUUUGCUACUACCCCAAUUCACGACCCACCUACACUCGUUUAACAUGUUCAACAAGUCCGCUCUUUUGAUCAUCCUCAGUGCUGCUUUCGCAGUUGCCCUUCCCACCGGCUUCAUUCCUAGGACCCUAGCCGGCGUCCACGUCCUCGGCGUCAGCGCCUCUGAUGUUAAAACCCCAUCCACAAACUACGUUGGCGUCCCCAGUGUACGUAACGCUCGCGAGGAGGCCCAACCUUCCCUCCAGUUUCCCCAAGUUGACGCAGAGAAGGAGAAGGCUCCCACAGUUCCUAAGGACACUUCCAGCGUCCCUGGCGUCACUCUCCCUCAGGGUGAGACUUUUGUCACAGACACACUUCCCAAGGUAGAUGCCUCUACCGGCUCAGUGCUCAAGAAUCCCUCUAUUGCUCGCAGCAGCGUUCCUGCGCCGCCGCUUGGCUUUUCCAAGGCCAAAGGCAAGUCGAGCAAGGAUGACUCGGAAAAAUCCGAUGCAUCCACACUCAAGCCCCCCAGUGGUUCAGCGUCCAUUUCCUUCUACGCUCGCACUGAACCCAACAACACAGUACCCCAACCUCGCGCCACGACGCCCGAGAAUCCUGACGUAUCUGAUAUGCAGUCUACAGUGGAGGGUGCUGGCAAGGUCACUGUGAUUAAAGGCAAUUUGCCCCGGGAACGUCACAUUCCAGGUGUUCACAUGCCUUCCGUACCAUCCACCCACGAGUUCACCCAGUCUUCGCCCCCCCAAGAUUUGAGUUCAUUUGCAACUGAUGCUGCCACCGGCCUCAAGAGCGCUUCAUCCAAUGUCAAGUCGCCAUCUAUGGCGCGUCGCGCUGAGUCGUGCGACUCUGGAUACACCUUGACCUACUGCAGGCAGGUCUUAUUGGAUACUGCUGUUACUGGCAAAAUGGGCCUGUCCUGCUCGUCUACAAAGACGAAUGACAAAAUCUACCCCCUUUGUAGCAGGAGGAUGGACGUGCAAGGCCUGGCACUCGACUGUGUAGAUGCUACCGUCAACUCCCUUGCCUAAGCUGAACAGAUAUACUUUAUGUCCUUCGGUUUGAACUUGUAGCCAAUCCAACUGGAACUGUUUUUGGGCGUAGCACAAUGUUUGAAUAUUUCUCACGACCAAAAUUUACUACCUACACUGAUUUACUACGCUCUAUUCUGUCAUAUACCCAUACUUAAUGUUUGUUCAUACCUUGUUCAAUUCAGAUGUUCGUCACAACCGGCCCU